ACUUCCUCACUGUGGCCAAAGGAGUGCCGUCUGCUGCGUAACGCAGGAUGAGGGGAAACUAGACGUGGCUGCAGGCGACUUCUUAUCGAACCCAGACCUUUCCUCAAGGAGCCCAUGAGAAGCGCGGUGGACAAGAAGAAGCUGGAGCAGCUGUACGACAGCUACAGAGACCCACAAGAUGAAAAUAAAAUUGGAAUUGACGGGAUUCAACAGUUUUGUGAUGACUUAAACCUAGAUCCUGCCAGCGUCAGCGUUUUGGUUAUAGCAUGGAAAUUCAGGGCAGCGACGCAAUGUGAAUUUAGCAAAAAGGAAUUUGUAGAUGGCAUGACAGAGCUGGGGUUCACCCCCAUUUCUCGGGGUGGGACUUGUCACCUUGAAGCUGAGUUGAGUGUAGAUCUCAGUUAACGUUCCUUUGAAGUCACAAGGAUGUAGACUUAACGGGACAAGAUGCUCAUCUCUGCGUUAGACCGCACAGCAGGCGAGGGUUAGCGAGCCGUCCCAUCCAUCCCAUAUGGUCAGUCCUGCAGACUUCCUGACCGUCUCUUUCUCAUUAAGACUCCAGCGUAUU